GCGUCUGUCAUAUGACUGUCAUUUCCUGGUAUCGUCGGUGGUAGCUGCAUCCAAACACCACUGACUGAGCGUCUCCGUCGGUCGUUUUCUCUCCAGUGGCUGACCCUGCAAACUGCCCAGCCAUGAUGUCUCGCUGCCUUUUCUUUUUUGUGUUUGGAAUCGUGUUCCAGCUAUCACAUGGCAUUGAGUUCAAUGUCACAAAAGAUGGAAAGUUAUGCCUCUAUGCCAAUCUGGAGCUCACAUUCUCGGUCACCUUUGAAGAUCUUGACAACCUGGUGAGUGUUUUUGUCUUAGCGAUGACAACCACACUUGCCCCUAAUACAACCACACUUGCCCCUAAUACAACCACACUUGCCCCCAACACAACUACGGCUGUCCCUACUACCACCCCGGUACCCACUCUCCCUGUACCCAGUACUGGGAACUACAGCAUCAAGACUGAAAAUGGCACAGUCUGUCUGCUGGCCAACUUUGGCCUGCGCAUUGGUUUUAAGGGCGAGGAAAUGAAUUUGAAUCCCAAUAUGGCCACUGUCAGUGGAUCAUGUGGUGUCAACAGCAGUGAGCUUCUUUUGGCAUCUAAAGAAAUGACUAUCAAGUUUACCUUUACCAAUGACACAAAGAAAUUCCGCCUGCAUGAUCUGAGCGUCACUGUCAUCACGAGCUCUGGUAAUUUUUCUGUGGAGAACUCCAGCCUCAAUCUGUGGGAGGCAUCCAUCGGCAGCUCCUACAUGUGUAACAAGGAGCAGACUUUCAACAUCACCGACACACUCUCCCUCUACACCUUCAGCCUGCAUGUGCAGCCCUUCGGAGUGAAAAAGGGUGUUUUCAGUACAGCUGAAGAGUGCUUCCUGGAUUCUGAUUUGAGCUUUUUGGUGCCCAUCGCAGUUGGCGUGGCACUCAGCUUCCUAAUCAUCCUUGUGCUUAUCUCUUACCUGAUUGGUCGGAGGAAGAGUCGCACUGGCUACCAGUCCGUAUAAUUCAACCCCGCUGCGUCUUCUGCCCCUUACAGCUCUUUAAAAAAAACACCUUCCCAGCACUUUCCUGCCCAGAUUUAUGCUCUCUUCCGUUUCCCGUGAGACAGCGUCUUCCUAAAUAAAUAACCUUUCAGCUUAUUUCGCAAACCCCCUUUCAAAUUUCUCCCCUCCGUUUUGCUUUGAUGCCAGUGACUGAAUAGAGUACCAAAACAUUUAUGAUCGAUAUUGCAUCGUUUGAUUAUAGAUUGCAUGUUUUAAAAGUUAAAUUUAUGGCUGCAAUUAGCCUUCCACUUCCUCCUCCCUUCCCUCCGCCACCCCAGAGAGGCUUUUCGCUCUCGGUUUCUGUGCUGUAUAAUAGUAUAUGUGUAAAUUCUCUUGUAUAGAAUGAAUGACACUGAUUUUUGAUGACAUGAAUGUACGAGCAAGCUAAUAGAGCCACUGUCAUUAAUUUCCCAGACAUUCAUAUUUUUCCACUGAGUCUCUAAUUGUAUCACCCUCCAUGUAACAUGAACCUCUUUUUGAUUCACACGCUUGGUCGCUUAAUUGUAGCUCAAUUAAAGGGAUGAUAACAGGACACUUAACCAGCAUUGGGACCACCUUUGUUUAGUUUUGGGGUUUUUUUUGGUUCAAUGAGGAGUUUCUCACUCAUGGUAGGAGAUUUCUAUUUUCCUGAAAUGUACAUUUGUUUACACAUGAGUACUUGGUGAAUUAAUCAUGGUGGUGUCCCCUCUUAACCUUAAAGCUCAAACGCAGUAGACUCAGGCUUACUCCGAUCACCCGGAUCAAACCGCAUACUACCCCAUCCAUGUCAUAGCACACUAACGACAGGUGAAGUUCAGGUGUGAAGACGGCGUUUCCUUCCUGUGAUUCCGAGCGUCCGGUCACUCCCCGACAGUUUCGUGCCUUUCUGUUGUGCACCUCUCGAGUUGCUUGCUUGAAGCUUGUCUCCAUCUGAUGAAGAAUGUGAUGUGAUGAGCUUGUUUGACACAAGUGGGGAACAAAUUAAAUAAAGUUUGGUUCUUCUUUUG